AUGGCACCUGCAGUGGUGCGCUGGGCGCAGGAACGGGCCAUUCAGCUCAAGGUCAUCCUCUACAAGAAUUUCAAAGUUUCGCUGCGAGGUUGGCCGACGACGAGCAUCGAGCUACUGGCGCCGGUGGCGUUCAUCCUGCUCCUGCUCCUCAUCCAGGCCAUCCCCAACACCAACAAGGACGAGAACCCGCAGCCGGACUCGGUUGGCCUUCUGCCCAAGUGCCACGGCCGCACGAAGGCCGACAGCAAGUGCUAUUCGCUCUUCUAUCUGCCCAAUGACAACCCGGAGAUCAAUGCCGUCAUGACCACCCUCGCCGACCGAAACAAACUCAACAUCUCCACAGCCACCGAGCUCUCGCCUAAAACCUACGGCUAUGUGGUGGGCUGGCCAGGCGGGCAGGCCAAGGAAAAUCCCAACAUGACUCAGGGCGUGCUGGACUUUACGUCGGUGGCGGGCGAGAUCAAGUACACGCUCAUGUACAACAAAUCGUGUCCCUCCAUCGUGGAGAAGUGCAAAGACUACAGGCCGACCAUACUGCGUGCCAUUUCGGAGGCGCUGGCGAUCCACUACGGCAACGCCAGCGAAGCCGCGUUCGAGCUCUACGAGUCGGUCUACCCUGAGAUCGCCCCGCCGUCGGAUGCCGUGAAGACGUACGGCAUUCUGUUCUUCUACUGCGGCGGCAUGUUCUUCUUCAUCAUCCUCCUCUACCAAAUCGUGUAUGAGAAGGAGCACAAGUUGCGCCAGGGCAUGCGCAUGAUGGGUCUUCGCGGUUCGAUCUACUGGGCGGCCUGGUUCAUCCACUCGCAGAUCAUCAACAUCCUGUCGACGCUCCUGCUCAUCGCCGCCGGCAUGGCGUGCGACUUUGCGUUCUUCCGCUACACCAACUUCUUCGUCCUCUUCCUCGUCUUCUGGGUGUUCGCGUGGACCAUGUCCCACCUGGCCUUCCUCAUCGCCACCCUCAUCCCCACCACCAAGCUGGCCGUCUACAUGUCGAUGUUCGUGUUCAUCAUCGGCGCCCUGCUCAUGCUCAUCUUCUCGCUGUUUGGCGCGUUCAUGUUCCCGCUGCUGUACGAGGGCGGUCCCAUUGCCACGCCGGCUCUCUGGGUGCUCUCGUUCGUGCCGAUGUACAACUUCGCCAAGGCCGUGUUCGACAUCAACAACAAGUCCUUCUCCCUCGGCUCCGUCACCGGCGAGGGUUUCACGUGGAACGAUUUGUUCGAAAAGAGCAACCUGCGCGAUGCGGCCGACGUCCCGCCGACCAUUGAGACCAUCUACUUCCAGCUGAUCCUCAUCGGCAUCUUCACCGUCCUGGGCUGGUACUUUGACAACACCGUACCAGGCGCGUCUGGUGGCAGCUCCGAGCCGCUGUGGUUCUUCUUCACCCCCGGCUACUGGGGCUUCUCGCAAAAGAAGGCCAAGGCGCGCACAACCCGCCUCACGACCACCUUACCUUUGCGGGUCGAUCUGGACGUGAGGGACGCGCCCCGGGAGGGUGUCGCUGCGCACCGUCUCAUGAAGAUCUACCAGAAGUGGCCCUUCGUCAAGUCUCGCAAGGACGUCCUUGCGCUGAGGGACUUCUCGGCCACCAUUCCCGAGGGGGAGAUCUUCUGCGUGCUGGGCCACAACGGCGCUGGCAAGACCACCACGGUCUCGAUGAUGACCGGUCUCUUCGAGCCCACCUUCGGCGAUGCCACCAUCUACGGCCACUCCAUCGUCUCCGAGAUGGACGACAUUCGCCGCAUCAUGGGCGUGUGCCCGCAGCACGAUAUUUUGUGGAACGAACUCACGGCCGAGGAGCACCUGGAGAUCUUCGCCGAUCUCAAGGGCGUGCCGCGCCAACUGCGCACCGCCGUCAUCAAGGACAAGCUCGAGUCUGUGGGCCUCUACGGCGUUCGUGACAAGAAGGCCGGCUCGUUCUCGGGCGGCAUGAAGCGUCGUCUGUCGGUGGCGAUCAGCUGCAUCGGCGAACCCAAGAUCAUCUUCAUGGACGAACUUGAACUUGCUGACGUCAUCAUCGUCGUCAUCGUCGUCGUCAUCAUUCGCUCGGCAGAGCCCACCACCGGCAUGGAUCCCGUGUCGCGUCGGCACGUCUGGAAUCUCAUUCAGGAGCUCAAGCAGAACCGAGUCAUCAUCCUCACCACCCAUUCCAUGGAGGAGGCCGACGUGUUGGGCGAUCGUAUCGCGAUCAUGUCGCACGGUGAGAUCAAGUGCCUCGGCACUCCGCUCCACCUGAAGAACAAGUACGGCGACGGCUACCGCAUCAACGUCACCGCUCGCCCCGACGCCAUCGAAGAAGCCAAGGCCCACAUCAACGAACUGUUGCCUGGCGCGAACUUGGUGGCCGAGACGAACCAGUACUUGAUCUUCGGCCUGCCGCACUCGCACCUCUCGCAGAUCGUGCCCUUCUUCAAGAUCAUCGAACACGAGCGAAGCCAGCACGGCAAACGCGCCCUCGUCUCUGACUGCUCCAUCUCGCACACCACGCUGGAGGAGGUCUUCCUGAAGAUCACGCGCCAGGCCAACGCGGAGGAAUCGCGUUUGGUGAAGGACCCGUGGAGCAAGGCCGACCAGCUCAAGGCCGCCACCUCCAGGCAGCACUGA